AUGUCCGAUUCGGAAAUCUCUACAUAUCCCAAAACACCACGGAAUACCGUGCAGAGAUAUAGAAAUCUAGCAAAAUACGAUCAUCACACUAUUCAUAUCAACACCCCUUCACCAUCCGAUCCCUUCCCCGCUCUCCUUCCCAUGAUAGGUUUCGCAGGUAAAUACAACCCGCAAAACCCCGAUGAAGAAGAUAUAGGCGAAGGAGCAAAUAUAUACAUACACGGUUAUGUAAGUAGUCGAUUAAUGAGGAUGGGAAAGAAUGCUGGAGAAGGAGAAGGUGGAGAGAAUAAUAAUGUUGAUAAUGAUGAUGGGGAGGAAAAAGGAUUACCUAUGACGGUUGCGGCGACUUGUUUGGAUGGAUUGGUUUUGGCGCUUGCGCCUUUUAAUCAUAAUUACAAUUACCGUAGUGCAGUUAUUCAAGGAUAUGGACAAGUCGUCGAAGAUUGGGCCAUGAAAAAAAUAACCAACACCGUACACCCCACCCGCUGGGAAAACAGCCGCAACCCACCUCCCAAAAACAGAAAUGACCACAACCCAAGUACAUCCUCCGCAUCCACCCCCACACCGGAUCCUCCAAACUCCCGCCGCGGCGGCCCCCCCGAAUCCAAAUCCGAUCUCAAAGACCUCCCCCUCCGCGAACGCGUCUGGACCGGUAUAAUACCCGUGCAUCUGCAAUACGGCACGCCCAUCGCAGCGGAACAAUGCAAAGUAUCUGAGGUACCGGGGUAUAUUAUUAAUUUUGUUCAGGAGAGGAAUAAAGAGGGGGGGGAGUUUGCUGUGAGGAUGGCAGGGGAAGGGGAGGAGGGGGAGUGA